AUGCGCGCCGCCCAGUUCCACGCCGCGCGGGACAUCCGCAUCACUACCACUGCGCCCGUCCCAGCGUCCCCUCCGCCACCUGGCUAUGUCAACAUCGACAUCGAAUGGUGCGGCAUUUGCGGCAGUGAUCUGCACGAGUACCUUGUCGGCCCGCUUGUCAUCCCGACUGAGAAACGCCCUCACCCUUUGACGGGCGAGAGCAUUCCUGUUACGCUCGGCCAUGAGUUCUGCGGUCGGGUAAGCGAAGUCGGCCCUAGAGAGUCCUCAAAUGGUACGACCGGGGUCAAUGGCAACGGCCACAGCAACGGCUCAGUCAACGGCGGCCUGAAGCCCGGAACACCUGUGAUGAUCGACCCCCGCCUGAACUGCCAAUCGUGCACCUCCUGCACCGCCGCUAACAUUCCCAACCCAUCAUCACACGCCUGCAGCGGUAGGAAAACGCACCUCUGCGACAAGUGGGGCUUUCAUGGCCUCUCCGGCCGAGGCGGAGGGCUGUCCGAGAAGGUCUGUGUGAGGGCGGAUAUGGUCUAUGCACUGCCCGAUCGAGAAGAUGUGCUGAAGCAUGCGGCGCUGAUUGAGCCGUUGGCCGUGGCGAGGCAUGCUGUCAAGGCGACGGGGAUUGAGAAUUUCGGGGAGUUGAAUGUGCUGAUUCUGGGCGGUGGACCGAUUGGGUUGGCGGUCGUGCAGGACCUACGCGUUGUGGGUGUGAAGAAGCUGAUUGUGAGCGAGCCGACGGAGACACGACAGAAGCAGGUGCGGAAGUAUGUGGAUGUGGUGCUCAACCCAAAGUCGGAAGACGUGCCGGCGCGAUGCAAAGAGCUAACGAGUGGUGCUGGUGUCGACGUUGUCUUCGAUUGUGCUGGAGUGGGGCCUGGGAUGCAGAGCGGGAUGGCGAGUUUGAAGGUGCAGGGGCUGUAUAUGAAUGUUGCUGGGUGGGAGACGCCAUUCACGGUGCCAAUGCAGUACUGGAUGAUGAAAGAGCUCACUCUGAAAGCCAGCCUUGCAUACGACGAAGAGGACUUUGCAAAGACUGUGCAGAAUUCUCCGAAGGGUCUCGAAGACAUGGUCACCGCGCGCAUCGCUCUGGAAGAUGCCAAGGUGGGUGGAUUUGAUGAGCUGGUGAACAAUAAGGACAAGCACAUCAAGAUCCUCGUUACGCCGAGAAGAGACCUGCUUUGA